AUGGCGUUCCCUAAAGUCUUCUUCGACAUGACCGUUGGUGGCCAACCUGCAGGACGUAUCGUGAUGGAGUUGUACACCGACAAGACUCCCAAGACAGCCGAGAAUUUCAGAGCACUCUGCACUGGAGAGAAAGGAGUGGGACGUAACGGCAAGCCACUUCACUUCAAGGGAUCUUCCUUCCACCGUGUGAUCCCUAACUUCAUGUGUCAGGGAGGUGACUUCACCGCUGGGAACGGGACGGGAGGUGAGUCUAUCUAUGGGGAGAAGUUUGCUGACGAGAAUUUCGAGAGGAAGCACACUGGUCCUGGGAUUCUCUCCAUGGCUAACGCUGGUCCUAAUACCAAUGGAUCGCAGUUCUUUAUCUGUACGGUUAAAACUGAUUGGCUUGAUGGUAAGCAUGUGGUGUUCGGUCAGGUUGUUGAAGGGUUGGAUGUUGUGAAGGCGAUCGAGAAGGUGGGGUCGGCUUCUGGGAAGACGUCGAAGCCUGUGGUUGUGGCUGACUGUGGUCAGCUCUCUUAGAUUGCAUGAGAUCUAUCCUCGGUUAUAAUUAGCGUCAUCGUUGUCUUCUAGUGAGUGGUGUUGGUCCUCAACGUGUGUCUUUCUACUUUUGGUUUUGUGUUCUUUUCAUUUGGUGUGUGUUCUGUUCUCAUGUCACCCUAAUUAGUAGUUAGUCCCAUAAAUAAGGAAUGAGCUUUGUGUUCAUCUUUUCGUAUUUGCUUGAAUUAACGAACGAAAUCAAAUAGGCCUCAAGACACAAAGUAAAAUGAAAUAAUAUAAAAUGCAAUGAAU